CACUCAAGGGCGAGGCUCAUUUUAAAGGUGGGGCUCAUUUUCUCAAAGAUGGAAAUCUCUUUCGAUGCUUUCUUGUCCUCUACGCCAAGUAUAAAGGAACUAACGGAGCAUGUUAAUGUUGGUGCUAAGUGGAACACACUUGGCACGAUGCUUGGCUUGGAUCGGAGACGAUUACAAGAUAUUAAGGAGCAAGCAGGUCCAUGCAUUGACAAGAUGAUAGAGAUGUUCAAUCUAUGGCUGGCCACUACUCCUACUGCUAGUAGGAGACAAGUACUGGAGGCAUUGAGAAAAAGUGUAGUGGAAGAGAAUGCACUUGCUGAUGAAUAUGAAAAGCACUUGAGAGAAUUGCAUCAAGAAACUUAUGUACCACCAUCUACUGAGGCAGUUUCUAUUCUUCAAAGGAAUAUUCAAUCAUUGAAUGAAGCUCUUGUCUCUCCUGUACAAGUGUCUCAACUGUUAUACUGUAAGAGAUGUAUAAGUGAAGCUACUCUGAAUGAAAUGGAGAGGAUAGAUCAGAGGAGGUCACUGGAUGACAAGAAGACCACUCUAUUGACUGCCAUGCAAGAAACAGUGUCUAGUGACUACAGGAAACUUAAAGAUAUUGCUACAGUGCUAUCUGAUGUUGAAGAAACAAGAGAUAUAGCCAAUAAAAUCAUGGCCAAAUAUGAGAAAAUUCCUCAAGAGGAGGAUGACGUAGUAGUACAACCACAGGUGGGAGUAGUCAGUAAUGAAGAUCGUGCUAGUGAUAUAUUGAGGAAUAGUUACAGUGCUCUCUCUCAGUCAAUUACUGAACCAGUUCGUGUAGCAAGGUUGCUUCAUGGAGAGGUUAUAUCUGAUGAGGCUCUGUCUUGUGUCAUGUCUACCAGAGGUUCUGUCUCUGUCAGUAGAGCAGUUCUCCUCAAAGCUGUACGAGAUGCUGUUCACUCCAACUACAAACACCUGGAGUUGUUUGUUACUGUAUUACAAAAAGACCUUAAAGAGAGUCAACGCAUUAAUGUUCAAAAGGAAGAAGUGAUUGAUGAACUAAAGGAGAAAAUCUCAUCACUAAAAAAAAAAAAAACUGUAAACAAGGAAAGCAUAAUUAAAGCCCUAACUACUGGUUCAAUGAGUGAUGAUGGAGUCAUUGCACUAGCAGAGUCACUGCUAUAUAACGAAGCACUCGAAAACUUGCAUCUUAAUGACAAUCCUGGCAUCACUUCAGAUAGUGCUCGUUCACUGGCUAAACUUUUACUCAUUAACAAGACACUCAAGUACCUUCGUCUCCAUCAUACCAGCAUUGAUACUGAUGGAGUAAUGAUGCUGAUGGAAUCUCUGGUGACCAAUCAUACACUAGUGAAACUCUGGCUAGACAAACAGCAUGAAAAAACUUGUUUUGCUUCACCUCAUUACAAGGAUAUUGAAAGCAUAUUAUAUUUUUUGUAG